UAGCAGUGAAAGGACUUCUCUGUAUUACUGGUACCGCCAGGCACAGCACAGAGGGAAGAGUUGGCACAUUAUGGGAAUAAUGUUUAAAGUACAAUUUUAUUCUGAGAAAUCAGAAAUGUUUGGGUCGGAGUAUCUAAUUUUGUUUCCCGGAACCUCUCCAUGGACAAGGGUGCCAAUGUCCCUGGACUGGGAAUAUUCUCAUUAGCUCGAACAAAGCUAGAUCUGGGUGGCAACAGAUUUAUUGCAAUACAAAGACCUGUGUUUCUCUUGUCUGAGAAACUUUCCCGGGCCUAUGGACUGAAACAAUCAAAACCAUACACUCCUGAUGCAUAUCCAGUUGUUCCUCUGAAUAUAACGACUCUAUCUUUGGAGACUGCCUUGAAAAAGAAGGUAAUAGAAGAUUGCAUAAGGGAGACUGUCCUCUAUUUCUAUCGCCUGAUGAUUCAUGGACAGCCAGUGACAUUCCCACUCAGGGGGAUUGGUGUUCUGGGUAUCCAGAACAAAAUAGUGACCAUGACCUUUUGCAGAGAGUUCCUGCAAGCCACGGAUGGGAGUAGGAACCUGGCCAGCGUGCUUCGGAAGGUGCCUUUGCUGAGGACUGUGGCAGAAGACUCAAUAACUUUCCAACAAGCCACUUCACCCGUUUCAAGAGGGUCGGGUUCAAGGACACCCCCCAUUUCUUCCCAUGUGGCCAGACCUCGGAAGUUGCCAAGCCUUGGGUAUAAGGAAGCUGAUAAGCCAGCAGGCCUGGAAACCAUCCAAGCAGAGAAUGAAAUGGCCAACAAAGAAAAACAGCUAACUCCAAGAGGGGAAGAUCAUUAUCAUAAUGCAGACAAGAAAGAAACUCUUCCCAAGCAGCAUCUUCAGUCCCAAUGGAGUCUCGCUCCUGCCAAAGCGGCGAUGCUCGUCUGCAGCGAUUCACUGGAGAAGACUGCAGAGCAAAACAACGGCUUCGAAAGAUCGAAGACGGCAAAGGGGCAGCAUCCUUCAGAAAAGGAAAUAAUCCACGAUCCCACUCCCAAAAUGGCAUCCUCUCCCUGUAAGAGCCAGGUCACAGCACGAAAGGAACCGUGCUCCCUGUGCUGGGAGCAUCUGAGGAAGAGGUUUUCGGAGAAGGGGAGCACAGAGAAGGAAGAAGGGGGCAUGGUUGUUCGGAAAUUUCAAGAUAUGAAUCUCUUGGAGGCCGUUCUUUGGGACCAGAUGAAAAUCAUACAGGACAGAAAGCACAGGAAAACCCUUUCUGCCUGUAAUGUGACAGUUGCCCAUCAAAAAAGGAAGGAAAAUGAAAAGCCCAGAAAACAGCAUAGAUUUGGCAUUGCUAGAGAAAGGAUACCAAGUCCUCUUCCCUGGCUUACAGAAAAAGAUCGAUGGCAGCAAAUAAUGGAGAAGAGAGAGAAGGAAAUGUCUUUAAGACUCAAGAAAGUGUUCAUCGCUCACUUGGAUCAAGUACGGCUGGCAGAAGAAGUUGCUGCCCAAAAUGCAAAAUAUCUAAGAAAAAUAAAAGCAGACCAGGAGCGUUAUAAGACAGCCUUGGACAACCAGGUAAGGAGGGAACUUGAGUGGUUGCCAGGCCCUCGGGUUGGCCAACUGAACCUCAUCCUGAGGAAGAACACCAUUGCCAACAAGAAGCUGUUAGAGAGAAGACGCUGGGACCAGGAGUUUUCUGCACGCCUGAAGUUGGCUGUCAAUAUGAGAAAGCAGAAGGCCAUCGCCUUGUGCCAGGUUCAAGAGCAUAAAGAAAAGGUCCUACAGCGGGAAGCCAGGCGGAAGGUUGUUGCCCCCAGUACAAGAAGUCUAAGGGACCAAAAAGAAGGAAAGGAGAGUGGUAAGGCAGCCUUGGAUGACCAGGUGAAGAGUGAACCCGAGCAGCUGCCAAUCUCUGAGAGGGACACAUCGAGCCUUCCCUACAGAAGAAGUGCCAUCUACAGUCCGAAUCUGGCAGAGAAAAAACUGCAGGACGAGGACUAUUACGAGUUUCCUCCACUUGCUGCAGAGGAGGGCAAGCAGGUGGAGAUCAUUGGGGGCCAGACUGAGCAGCAGAGAGAAAAGUUCCCAUUGCUGGAAAUCAAGAAGCGGAUUGAAAGAGCUCGGCAGACUUUAGAUCCGGUGGACAGCUGGGAAAACAGCUCCAAGUUUAAGAAGCAGAGGGCUUUUGAGAAGAAACUGCUUGAACGCUAUAUCUCCGAUGAAAAGCUUGCAGAGAAAAGACAGCAGGACCAAGCAAUGGACUGCCUGAAGCUUGCACAAUAUAGGCGAAACCAGAAGAUCGUCCUUCUGGCCCAGCUCGUGCAGCAGAGAAGCAGUUUCUUUGCACAGAUACCCAAGAAUAUGCCGCUUUGGGAUGCGGACAUGUAUUUUGUGUUGGAGCCUUGGGAGGAUCGCAAAAUCCAUCCACCGGACGUUACAAAGGCUGUUGGCAAAGACGUGCAAGCAACUGCGGGGAGUCUGGUAUUUGGCCAAACUCAAGCUGCAUUAGAGGAGACAGAAUGUCUUUUGGGGAAGCCCCCUCAGGAUAUGGGGGACAGGGCCCAGUGAAAUGUCCUCCUGCCCCUUUGAUGCUGCCAGGCCUUCCCUUAUGGCCUUGCAGUCCAGCCCCUCAUGCCCCCAGGCGUCCCACCUCCCAGUGGCUGCUACUUCAAGUCUUCCCCCACCUCCUCCAAGGCCUUCCAUCAGUCCCGCUUUUUAAGGGUUCAUAAUUAAACAGCCUGCACUCGUCUUGUCUGAAUUGUUACAGCGCCCAGAGGUUUUAGAUGGACGUCCCAUGCAAUACCACCGAUGGGACUAAGCAGGGAGGGAGUGGCUGUGACAAGUGUCUCGGCAGGAGGCUUUUCUGGGGGCUGGUAACUGGGUGUCUGAUUGGAGCCCGAGGAUUAGACUAGGUAGCACCUGGUAUUUCGGGGUUUUGUAGGGGUUAUUUUUCCCUCCCCUUUGGAGUGACGGAUUGACGGGGCUUGCUCUGUAGGAGGUUGGUUUAGCUAACUGAGGAGUGGAGCUAGGCUAGGCAGGCUUGUAAGUAGGGAUCUACCCAAGUUGUGGUGAGUGGAGCCAAUUUUGCAGCCUUUUCACGGUGAGCCCGCCCCUCUGCACUGACUGGCUCUGGUGGCCCCACCCCUUGCCACUGAUUGGCUGAAAGGGCUGUCCCCCAUGUGCUCCCAUCCUUCUCCACUGACUGGUGGAGAGGGGCAGAGCCAAUCAGCAGUGAGGGAUGGGUGGAGG